GCAUAUUCUUGCAUAUUGCACCUUUAUUCUCUUCUAUUUCCGGUCAUUGGAUGAAUUAUUCAUUCCAUAAUAGAAAUUAGUAAAAAUAAAUUGUGAUCACAGUUUUCUAGAGCCAAAGUUUACGCUUGUUGUGUGUAACCAUCAGCCAGAAAAGCCAAAGCGAUUUAUAUUUCCAAAAGUAAAUACAUCCUAUUUUUCACAUCCAAUACUAUUUAAUGUUUUUCCUUAAUACAUGAUGAUAGUUGAUAUGGAUGUGUUUUGUGUUGAUCUAUUAAUCUGUUAAUAAUUGAGGAUAAUAUUUGUUUUACUGCUAAAGACAUAUGAUGACUGAUGAUGUUUCUUUGACCACUUUUCCCCAUAAAAAUUGCAUUCAUCAAUAAACUUUUAUAAAUUUGCACUGAUAAAAGAUAUAGUCAUAGUUGAAUGUGUGUUCAGUCAGUAUUUAAGCAAACAUCUUAAAGUUCUCCCAAGUCAUUAUUUGUCUCUAUGCUGAAAACAGAACCAAUAAUCAAUAACCCACCCUUCACGUCUCUGUGUAAAGCUCCUCCUCAGAGCGACAACCUGUGUAAUAAUCCUCUGUUGUCACAUCCACCUGCCCCGGCGAGAGGCCGCCUCUCAUUGGCCGAGAGGGCGGCCAAUGAGCCGCCGGGCUCUGCGUUCCGGGGGAUGGCCAUUCAAAUGGUGUGGCUGAGUGUUCACGAGGGCCAUGAACACUCAGCUUCGCCUGGAGACCCUUGUCACACACACACACACACACACACAGCCAGCCACAGUCACAACAGCCGGGACUUCAAAGGCAAGCCAGCCGGGCCGGGGGCUGUUGGAGGGAAGUGUGAGUGACAGGAAGACAGACGCAGGGGCAAUGAGAGGGGCCGAGAGUGUGACACAGGGGCAGUAGAUGGAGACAAAGUUUGGAGGCAGAAUAGAGGGAAAGUGACAAACAGCACAGAGCACACAGUUUAUACCAUCAGCAGAGGAGGAGAGGCAGACAGCAGCAGGAGACGCAUCUCUUUUUAUUUUUUCUUCUUCUUCUUCUUCCUCCUCGGAGCAUGGUGGCAGCGUCUACAUGGAUUUAGUCGACCUCUACCUCCCAGAGUGCUUCACCUACCACUCUGACACAGAACAUCUCGGCAGGAUGUCAGUGAGGGGCUUGGACCCCAGCUGUCCCUCCACUAUAAAGCGUGAGCCCUCCAGCCCCAGCCCCAGCUCUCAGGGCGACGUCAGCCCGGCACAGCCCAGCCCCGGAAGCACGUCCUCGGACACAAACUCCAGCUACGGGCCCCCGGUCAAAGGCCUCAAUCACAACAAUGGGCUGGACUCGCCAGGCCUCUACGGUCACGCAGCGGGGUUGGCCAACAAUGUCGUAACGAACAGGAGGUUUGGUGAGGAAGAAAACCCGGUUAAGUGUGAAUUCAUGCUGGGCACGGUGGCCAAGCGGCUGUGUCUGGUGUGCGGUGACGUGGCCUCAGGCUACCACUAUGGCGUGGCAUCCUGCGAGGCCUGCAAGGCGUUCUUCAAGAGGACCAUCCAGGGUAACAUUGAAUACAGCUGCCCGGCGUCCAAUGAAUGUGAAAUCACCAAGAGGAGGAGGAAAUCCUGCCAGGCCUGUCGAUUCGUGAAAUGUCUGGCUGUGGGCAUGUUGAGAGAAGGUGUGCGUCUGGACCGGGUUCGAGGUGGCAGACAGAAGUACAAGAGGAGAAUAGACGCAGAGAACAGCCCGUAUCUGCACCCACAGAAUGCCUUGCCUCAGAAAAAAACAUUCACUGUUGGUGGUUCGGUAGAGAACAAGGUGGUGUCUCUGCUGCUGGUGGCUGAGCCAGAGGGCAUCUACGCCAUGCCGGACCCAACCGUACCCGAGAGUGACAUCAAGGCUCUGACCACGCUGUGCGACCUGGCUGACAGGGAGCUGGUGGUCAACAUCGGCUGGGCCAAACACAUCCCAGGCUUCCCCUCCCUCUCGCUAGCUGACCAGAUGAGUCUACUGCAGAGCGGCUGGAUGGAGAUCUUGAUUCUUCGGGUGGUGUUCCGCUCGCUGGGCUUGGAGGACAAGCUGGUGUAUGCUGAGGACUACGUCAUGGACGAGGAGCAUUCGAAGCUGGCCGGGCUGCUCGACCUCAACAACGCCAUCCUGCAGCUGGUGAAGAAGUACAAGACCAUGGGCCUGGAGAAGGAGGAGUUCGUGGUCGUCAAGGCUAUUGCGCUCGCUAACUCAGACUCCAUGCAAAUUGAGGACUCAGAGGCAGUUCAGAGACUCCAGGACGUCCUCCACGGUGCGCUACAGGACUAUGAGGUCACCCACCACCCUGAGGACCCGCGGAGGGCCGGCAAACUGAUCAUGACCCUCCCUCUCCUCCGUCAGACGGCCGCUCGUGCCGUCCAGCACUUCUGCAGCAUUAAACAGGACGGUCGUGUGCCCAUGCACAAACUGUUCCUCGAACUGCUCGAGGCCAAAGCCUGACCCGAACACAGACAGCCAUUAGCUCUGUCCUUACCCUCCAGCACAGGGGUUAGAUCGACAGGAAGUGAAGGAUAACGGGUAAUGGUGUGGUUUGACACUAUGUAUUUGUCCAUUUCAGCUUUGACAGUAAAGUUUUGAGCCUGCGAUCGACAGGAAGUUUGUUCUGUAGGCAAACAGCUGGAACUCUUAGAGCGAGACCCUUCCUCCUACUCCCAGUGAAAGAUUGAAUGCAGCAGUUUAAUUUGAGGACACUGUCAUCUUUGCCGUCUGUGACACUAAUUUAAGUGUGUUGACCUGCUUCGGAAAGGCUGAAGACGGACGGACAGACAGUGUAAAAGCAGGAGAAAUCGCCUUCUAGAGAUAUAUUUACAGUUAAAUGCCAAAAGUAGAGCUUCUUCUGUCAAAAAAAACCCACCUGAUACUUGAAGAUCCUCUUGGAUUAUUUCACCCAUGUUGAAGCCUGUUAAUCUGCAUUCUAGUGCGUUUAGAGAGCCUUUAAAUGAUUUAAUUUUCUUUGUCCUUUUUUUGUAUAAAAAUAAAUAAAUAAAUAGGUAAAUGUCUCCUAAGAGGUAAGUCUUGCCAAAGAGUAAAGACUCGUACUAUUGAAUAAUACCAGCAUAUGUCCACGGUAAUAUAAUGUGGCCUGUAGGACAUCCACAUAAACCUGCAUCCCUGCUGUGUCGUGUAUCGCAAAAGUAUCUAUUCACUUCAUUCAUAUUUAGCUGAUCAAAGGGGAAGCAGUUAAGAGGUCGGAAAACCGAUAAAUCAAAAACAAAAAAAACGUCCUCCUGAUUUUAUUAGAACAUUUCAGGGAAAGAGUACUUAACGUCACGGUACGACUGUACAACAGCAAAGUGAUAUUUAUUCAAAAGUGUCUCUGUUCGUUUGCUAUUUUUUUUAAUUUUAUUUACUGAUGUGGCAUUAACGGAGAGUAGAUUAAAGCAAUUACAGUGGAUAAUGAUUUUUUAAAAAGAUUUUUAAAUGAUAUCAAUGUAAGAUAAUUUUUUUACUAGCUUCUCUGCUGCAGCACUGACGUAAAAAACCAUAUCAUGAAAACUCAAGUGAUUAUAAACGGAGUACGUGCCGUGUACUUGAUGAUCAUAAUGUCGUAGAGAUGUUGUAGACCCAUAGAUAUAACUUUAACUAUGUAAAAAUGGCUGCCAUACUGUAUAAUCUGGAUUAGGGAAGGCAUCUGAUGUCCUCUCUAUGGUAGAAGUCUAUGUGUAGGGUGAAAUUUGUGCACUACUUUUUCCUUUUUAGCCAUAAAGUUUUUUGGGGAGACUGGUGAUGGCGCUCUGUUAAUCUGUUAGUGUGUUUUGUGUGAAGAGUAGUUAUAUCUGAAAAUCUGUCUUUUUUCCGCACACGUUAAAUGAAGGGAAUCUAAGUGCAGCAAAGGAAAAAAACGCCCAAGUCUUGCUCCUUUUAUUUUACUCAAGGUACUGUGACACUAUAACGUGCAUAUUUUUGUGACGAGAUGACGGCAGCGACGUUGCCGAGUAUAAAUGUAUGUACUGUAGGUUUUUUUGCUGUAUAUACGUCAUGUCUUAUGCCAACAGAGAUGUUUAAAGAUGCAAAAUAAGCUUUGUUUGGACGAGCUGUGCCGUGCUAUUUCAUUCUCAGGUGGAUUCUUGGGCAAUAAAGAUCAUCCC